CCCACAGAAUGGAAAAGGAGCCAUCCAACACUAUAAAGAGGUUUAACCCUGACUUUCACCCUCAUCUUUCCUUCACACCGGCGGCGGCUGCUAAGCUUGGAGAGCGUUGCAAUGUUAAACUGGUCAUGCUGGGAGUAGAAGCUUAUUGCACGUGCAUUUACUUGAAUAAAGUCGUUCUGUUUGCCUGCUUACACACUUACAAUGUUGUGAUUCUCAAGUGCUUAUUUAUGAGCAAGGUUAACAAGCCUCCACUUUCGCUUUCUAGGCUUAUCCAGUUCAUGAAAGGAAAGGAAAGUAGAUUGCCAUCGCUGUUGGGACUAUUACGAUGAUAUUCAUGUCUAUGAAGUCCCAGCAUUGAAAGUAGCAGCUCUGAGGUUUACUGAGACAGCCAGGGCAAGGAUCAAAAAGGCUGGCAGGAAAUGUUCGACAUUUAACCAGCUUGAAAACCGAUUUUGAAAUGUGAAUCGGUUGGUUUAUUGGAUUUCUGAAAACGGAGUUCCGCACUGUCCUCACAUUUGAUGAACCUUCAACUUUUUAUUUUCUUCUCUCUGCGUUAAGCUUGUCAGAUCUGUUUUAGAUUGCUAAGCAGUUUGUAAAUGCCUGGAAGAAAUCUAUUUUUGUGUAAAUUCAACUACAGGAAGGACAAAAACAGAACCAUUAACCGGGGACAUGGAGCUUCGAUAAUGCCUUCACCGAUGGAAGGAGCACAAUUGCGGAAAUCAAAUUCAUUUAUAUUCCUUUCGAAUUCACUUUCAGCACUUAUCUCUCGUUUGCUUUUGUAGGAAGUACGAUGUGUCUGACGCAAACUCUAAAGGUGUGUUUGCAGAUGUUGACAUUGAUGAAUAUGGGCAAACCGGAAUGGAAACCGAGUGAAGGUGAAAGUCGUCGUGCAACAAUCGCUUAAACGGGGAACAAACGUAAAGCUUGGAACCGAGGCUGAAAAGACUUGGAUCCCUACAACCUAUGAAGAACUCCCCUGAUUUUUGUUACGUGUGUGGUAAACUUGGCCAUGUGAUUUAGGAAUGUGAUGAAACAAAUGAAGGAGGGGAGGAGAAAAGAUUAGGGGUAUGGUUGAGGGAAACACAAGGCAACAGCUAGGGGUGGUUGAGGUUGUUUUUUAGAUUAACCUCAAAAUUUUGGGUUGGAUUAUCUAAACACACAACUAAUAAUUAAAAUCUCAUCAGAUUCAAAUGUUAAAUAUCAAA